AUGGCUGUUGGUAGAUCAUUUGCUUCAAUUAAGGGAUACCAUCUUGAUGGGAACAAAGAAAUGUUAGCAAUGGGUUGUAUGAACAUUGCAGGAUCUUUCACUUCAUGUUAUGUUGUAACUGGUUCAUUUUCAAGGACUGCAGUAAAUUUCAGUGCAAGAAGUCAAUCAUCAAUAUCAAAUAUUGUGAUGGCAGUAACAGUGAUUCUGUGCUUGGAGUUGUUUACAAGACUCUUAUAUUAUACACCUAUGGCUAUACUUGCUUCUAUAAUCCUUUCUGCAUUUCCAAGAUUAAUUGACAUAAGAGAAGCUUGUUACAUUUGGAAGGUUGACAAAGUUGACUUUCUUGCUUGCAUUGGUGCUUUCUUUGGUGUCUUGUUUGUAUCGGCAGAAACUGGUCUUAUUGUUGCAUGUUCUUGUUGGUAGAGCUGCAAUGUAUGAUCUCAUGACUGUCUAUGCUUGUUACCUUGCAAUUAUAUCUGGACUUGGUUGCACUCU